GGCUGGCUGGCUGGCUUUGCUGCUCUGCCUUUUGCUUUUGUUUGAGUUGCCACCACUGCCAUAUUUCCUCUGCUUUUGAAUUCCUUUUGUAACAUUCUUUUUCUACUUUCAUGUUUUUUGUAAUCCCACCACCAUCAUUUCUCAACAACACCAUUCUUUCUUUCUCUCUCUCUCUUUCUCUCUUAUAGUUCAUCUCCUUCUUUUCAUUCCCAUUUUUUCCCAGUUUAGAUGAUUGUAUAGAUCUUCAGAAAUGGGAACACCAGUAAACAUCAUAGUUGGAUCACAUGUUUGGGCUGAGGAUCCUGAGGAUGCUUGGAUUGAUGGUGAAGUUAGAGAAAUCAAAGGAAGGGAUGCUACUAUUAUCACUACAAAUGGAAAGACUAUAGUUGCAGACAUUUCCAGUAUAUACCCAAAAGACACAGAAGCACCACCAGCAGGUGUUGAUGACAUGACCAAGUUGGCUUACCUCCAUGAACCUGGAGUCCUGUAUAACCUUGCUUGCCGGUUUGGUCUCAAUGAAAUAUAUACGUAUACCGGGAACAUUUUAAUAGCUGUGAAUCCAUUCCGGAGGCUGCCACAUUUGUAUGAUAUCCACAUGAUGGAGCAGUAUAAAGGAGCUACUUUUGGGGAGCUAAGUCCCCAUCUUUUUGCUGUUGCAGAUACUUGUUACAGGGCAAUGAUAAAUGAACAUGGAAGCCAAUCCAUUUUGGUGAGCGGGGAGAGUGGAGCUGGUAAAACCGAGACAACAAAAAUGCUCAUGAGAUAUCUAGCAUUCAUGGGAGGAAGAUCGGGUACUGAAGGAAGAACAGUAGAACAGCAGGUUUUAGAGUCCAAUCCAGUCCUGGAAGCAUUUGGGAAUGCCAAGACUGUGAAAAACAACAAUUCAAGUCGUUUUGGAAAAUUCGUGGAGAUCCAGUUUGACAAACAUUGGAAGAUCUCUGGAGCUGCUAUACGUACUUAUCUCCUUGAAAGAUCUCGAGUUUGUCAAGUUUCUGACCCAGAGAGAAACUACCAUUGUUUCUACAUGCUCUGUGCAGCACCAGAAGAGGAUGUGAAAAAAUUCAAGUUAGGGGAUCCAAGAACAUUCCACUAUCUUAAUCAAUCGAAUUGUUAUGAAGUAGCAAAUGUCGAUGAUGCAAGGGAGUAUUUGGAGACUAGAAAUGCCAUGGAUAUUGUUGGGAUCAGUCCUGAAGAGCAGGAUGCUAUUUUCCGAGUGGUAGCUGCAAUCCUCCAUCUUGGAAAUAUUGACUUCACCAAAGGGAAAGAAGUUGAUUCUUCCAAGUUAAAAGACGAUAAAUCCCGAUACCAUCUUCAAACAGCAGCAGAGCUACUCAUGUGUGACGAGAAGGCACUCGAGGAUUCACUAUGCCAGCGUGUCAUAGUGACUCCUGAUGGUAAUAUCACAAAACCAUUGGAUCCUGACUCAGCUACCUUAAGUCGAGAUGCCCUGGCAAAGACUGUGUACUCUAGACUCUUUGAUUGGAUUGUAGAUAAGAUAAACAGUUCAAUUGGUCAAGAUCCAAAUGCAGCAAGUUUAAUCGGAGUCCUUGAUAUUUAUGGCUUUGAAAGCUUCAAGAUAAACAGUUUCGAGCAGCUAUGUAUCAACCUAACAAAUGAAAAGUUGCAACAACAUUUUAAUCAGCAUGUAUUCAAGAUGGAGCAAGAAGAGUAUACAAAAGAAGAAAUAAACUGGAGCUAUGUAGAAUUUGUUGAUAACCAGGAUGUUUUGGAUCUUAUUGAGAAGAAACCUGGAGGCAUAAUUGCUCUUCUUGAUGAAGCCUGUAUGUUUCCUAAGUCAACCCAUGAGACGUUUGCACAGAAGAUGUAUCAGACUUAUAAAGCACACAAGCGUUUCAGUAAGCCUAAACUUUCUCGAACAGACUUCACAAUCAACCAUUAUGCUGGAGACGUCACAUACCAAGCAGACCAAUUUCUUGACAAAAACAAGGAUUAUGUAGUAGCAGAACAUCAAGCUUUAUUAGAUGCAUCAAAGUGCUCAUUUGUUGCAGGCCUAUUUCCUCCACUACCUGAAGAGUCAUCAAAACAGUCGAAGUUCUCUUCCAUAGGUACCCGCUUCAAGCAACAAUUACAAUCUUUAAUGGAUACAUUGAACACAACAGAACCACAUUACAUAAGAUGUGUAAAGCCCAAUUCAGUUUUGAAGCCGGGAAUUUUUGAGAAUUUCAAUGUCUUAAACCAGUUGAGAUGUGGGGGUGUGCUAGAGGCAAUUAGGAUUAGUUGUGCUGGCUAUCCAACAAAAAGAGCAUUUGAUGAAUUUCUUGACCGAUUUGGAAUGCUAGCUCCCGAUGUUCUAGACGGAUCCGAUGAAAAAUCAGCCAGUAUUGCUAUUUGUGACAGAAUGGGAUUGAAGGGAUAUCAAAUUGGGAAAACAAAGGUAUUUCUAAGAGCUGGGCAGAUGGCAGAGCUAGAUGCAAGAAGAACAGAAGUAUUGGCUAAUGCUGCAAGGCUCAUCCAAAGGCAAAUUCAAACACAUCUGACCAGAAGAGAGUUCAUUGCACUGAGAAGGGCUACAAUUCAUAUUCAGAAACUUUGGAGAGCACAACUUGCACGCAAGCUAUAUGAACAGAUGAGAAGGGAAGCUGCUUCAAUCCGAAUCCAAAAACACCUACGUGCUCACAUAGCACGAAAAUCUUACACACAAUUACAGGCAUCUGCAAUAGUUAUCCAGACUGGGUUACGAGCAAUGGCUACCCGAAAUGAAUACAGAUUCAGGAGAAGAACCAAGGCUGCAACCAUUGUUCAGACCCGAUGGAGAAGAUUCCAAGCUCUUUGUUCUUAUAAAAAGCAGAAGAAAGCGACUCUCGCACUUCAAUGUCUCUGGAGGUCAAAGGUGGCAAGAAAGGAGCUUAGAAAGCUCAGGAUGGCUGCAAGAGAAACAGGUGCUCUCAAGGAGGCUAAAGACAAGCUGGAGAAACGUGUCGAGGAACUAUCGUGGCGACUAGAAUUUGAAAAGCACUUGAGGAUCGAUCUCGAAGAAGCUAAAGGUCAAGAAAUUGCAAAGUUACAAAAUACUUUGCAAGAAAUGCAAGGUCAGCUAGAUGAAGCUCAUGCUGCAAUUAUCCAUGAGAAAGAAGCAGCCAGGUUAGCCAUUGAACAAGCUCCACCAGUUAUCAAAGAGGUACCAGUUGCGGAUGAAACCAAGCUGGAAAUACUGAGAAAUCAAAACGAGGAGCUCGAGGGUGAGCUGAGUGAACUGAAGAAGAAAAUUGAGGACUUUGAAGAGAAGUUUUCUCAAGUGGAGAAAGAAAGCCAAGAGAGACUUCAAGAGGCAGAAGAUGCACGGCUGAAAUCAGUGCAGCUUCAAGAAACUAUUGAAAGACUAGAAUCAAACUUGUCCAACCUCGAAUCUGAAAAUCAGGUGCUACGCCAACAGGCUCUGGUUGCAUCAAUGAAUGAAGAAGCCUCUGAAGAACUGAAAAUCUUAAAGAGUAAGAUCUCAGAUUUGGAAUCAGAAAAUGAGUUACUCCGCAACAAGGUUGUAGUUGUUGAGUACAAACCUACUGCAGAGAAUCUACAGCCACCUGUCAAGAGUCAUGAGAAUGGGAUUCCAACAGAGGAAGAGAUUCAAAGAACUAAGAGUCUUGAGAAUAGAAAUCCAACAGAAGAAGAAAUUCAAAGAACUAAGAGUCUUGAGAAUGGAAAUCAAAUGGAGGAAGAGAUUCAAAGAAUUAAGGAAACUGUUCCAGUUGUUUCCCACUUAACUAAACAGAGAUCUCUCACAGAAAGGCAGCAGGAAAAUCAUGAUGUGCUUGUGAAGUGUCUAAUGGAAGAUAAGCGCUUCGACAAGAACAGACCUGUCACAGCCUGCAUUGUCUACAAAGCACUUCUUCAAUGGAGAUCCUUCGAAGCAGAGAAAACAACUAUAUUCGAUAAGAUCAUACAUACAAUUAGAUCAACAAUAGAAGAAAGUCAAGACAGCGUCAGCGAUCUGGCCUAUUGGCUUUCAACAACUUCCACACUUCUGUUUCUUCUACAAAGCACGCUUAAGGCAAGCAACACAGCCAAUGUGGCUUUGCAACGAAAUAGAACUUCUCCUGCCACCUUAUUUGGUAGAAUGGCAAGAGGUUUUCGUUCAUCUUCAAUUAGUAUGGGAGUUUCAAGUGGGUACAGUGGGAUGCUGGGAAAGCCCAAUGAACAAUCAAAAGUGGAAGCCAAGUACCCAGCUUUACUAUUUAAGCAACAUCUAACUGCAUAUGUUGAGAAAAUAUACGGAAUGAUCAGAGAUAGUUUAAAGAAAGAGAUUAGCCCAUUUUUGAACUUGUGCAUUCAGGCACCAAGAUCGACAAGGGUAAGAUCGAUAAGAGUUUCAUCUAAAAAGAUCCAUCCAAGCAUAGUACCAAAGCAGCAAGCAUCAAACAUACACUGGCAAAGCAUUGUUGAUAAGCUGGAUCAGACAUUAAGUAUUUUAUCUGGGAACCAUGUCCCUUCCACGUUCACAAGGAAAAUCUUUAGUCAGGUUUUCUCAUUCAUCAAUGUACAGCUGUUUAAUAGCUUAUUGCUCCGGCGAGAGUGCUGCUCAUUUAGCAAUGGAGAAUAUUUGAAGGCUGGUUUGGCAGAAUUGGAACAGUGGUGUCUCAAAGCAACAAAUGAGCUGGCUGGAUCAUCCUGGGAGGAACUCCAACACAUAAGACAAGCUGUAGGGUUUCUGGUUCUGCACCAAAAAGCUCAUAAAUCUUUGGAUGAAAUCACAAAUGAUCUAUGCCCGGUACUGAGCAUCCCACAAAUAUAUCGCAUUGGAACAAUGUUUUGGGAUGACAAAUAUGGAGCCCAGGGAUUAUCUACAGAUGUUAUCAGCAGAAUGAGAGUGCUGAUGGCAGAAGAUUCAAUCAGCAUGCCCAAUAAUUCCUUCCUGCUUGACGUCAAUUCAAUCAUACCUUUCACCAUCGAAGAGAUGUCCAGAUCCUUCAGUGAUGUCAGUCUAACUGAUGUGGAUCCACCACCCCUUCUUCGCCAAAGGUCUGACUUCCAUUUCCUUCUGCAACAAACAACCGAUUGAGUACACAGUUUUCUUCUUUCAAAAUUCUUUAUACACACCUUCAAAAAAAUUCAAGAACCCAGAAACAUGAUAAGAAGAUUGAUGUUGUAUUUAGUUAUACCUUCGAUUUUGGUUUUGCUUUUUGAGAGUGAGAGUGAGAGUGAGUGAGAGAGAGAGAGAGAGAGGGAGAGUGAUCAGAGUGUGCAGAAUGUUAGUUUGUGAUUCUUUUUUGUCGAUUGGUCAUUUUGAUAUAGAAGUCAGAUUAAGGAUGCAUGUUUCCGAUUUUUUGAGUGAGAUAUGUAGUGCCCUGAGUGAGCAGUGAUUGAACAAGAAUUACAGAAAGGUUGUUGUUAUAUAAAAUUUGGAAAUUGAAGAAUGA